AACCAAAAAUGCGUACAGGCGGAAAUCUUGACAUUAGGCUUGGGGGAAAAUAACCCCAGACGCCCCAAACUGUUCACUCUCUUCUCAGCAAUUCUGACAAUCUUGUUAUGAUUACAAGAUAUUGAAUUCUUCAUUUAUGAUCCAAGAGAGAAAUGUUUUCUCUUUUUUAUGGACUGUGGAAGUACGCCUUCAGCAAGACGGAGUUUCAUGUUCUCAUACUCGGAAUCGACAAGGCUGGAAAAACGGCAGUACUAGAGAAAUUGAAGUCACAAUAUUCUAAUUUGGAAGGGCUUCCUCCUGAUCGAAUUGUUCCAACUGUGGGACUCAACAUUGGUCGAGUUGAAUUGUCAAACUCAAAACUUGUGUUCUGGGACCUGGGAGGUCAGCCUGGACUUCGCUCAAUUUGGGAGAAAUAUUAUGAAGAGGCACAUGCUGUGAUUUAUGUAGUUGAUGCGGCUAGCCCAUCCCGUUUUGAAGAUUCAAAAUCUGCCCUCGAGAAGGUCCUUCAGCAUGAGGAUUUGCAAGGAGCCCCACUUUUGAUAUUAGCAAACAAGCAGGAUCUUGCAGAAGCUGUAUCCGUAGAAGAACUUUCUCGGUAUCUGGACCUCAAAAAAUUGGAUGAGAGACUUUACACAUUUCAAGCUGUUUCAGCAAUUGAUGGGUUGGGGAUUAAAGAAAGUGUAAACUGGCUAGCGGAUGCUAUGGAGAGAAGCAAGAGAAGUGAAAUUUUGAGAGUCCGUGCAGGAUCUAGUGCUGUUUAGAAGAGUAUUCGUUUCUUGUUACUUUUGUUUGUAAAUCAGUAUUUAUUUGGUUCCUAAAUGAUAUGUUGUUGACAUAUGUCGACUUAAUAGGUAUUUUAUGAUAAGUUUUGCGGUUUCCUUUCUGUAACGGUUGUAUAAUUUACCAGCUGAAGUUCACUUUGAUUCCGAAUAACCAUGAAAAUGAUGUUGUCCA